UUUUCCGCCUCCUCCGUCAGGCGGUGACAUGGCGCGGCUGUCUGUGCCCAGCUCGCAGAAGGCCCUGCUGCUGGAGCUCAAAGGGCUUCAGGAGGAGCCCGUGGAGGGCUUCCGAGUCAGCCUGGUGGACGAGGGGGACCUCUACAACUGGGAGGUGGCCAUCUUCGGGCCUCCCAAUACGCAUUACGAGGGUGGCUAUUUCAAGGCCCGGCUCAGAUUUCCCAUUGAUUACCCUUAUUCGCCGCCUGCCUUCCGGUUCCUGACCAAAAUGUGGCAUCCCAACAUAUAUGAGACAGGAGAUGUUUGCAUUUCAAUUCUACAUCCUCCAGUGGAUGACCCACAGAGCGGAGAGUUACCCUCAGAAAGGUGGAACCCAACGCAGAAUGUAAGAACAAUCCUCCUUAGCGUGAUCUCGCUCCUCAACGAACCAAACACGUUUUCUCCGGCCAACGUUGACGCUUCGGUGAUGUACAGAAAGUGGAAAGAAAGCAAAGGGAAAGAUCAAGAAUACACGGACAUCAUCAGGAAACAAGUCCUGGGAACCAAGGUGGACGCCGAGAGGGACGGCGUCAAAGUCCCCACCACGUUAGCGGAGUAUUGCGUCAAGACCAAGACGCCCGCCCCGGACGAAGGCUCCGACCUGUUCUACGACGACUACUACGAAGACGACGAAAUGGACGACGAGGUGGAAAGCUGCUACGGGGACGAGGACGACUCCGGCAACGAGGAGUCUUGA